GGUGAGCGAGAUGCUGGCAAAGGCCUGGAGAUGCGGAAGCUGGUGCUCUCCGGUUUCCUUGCCAGCGAGGAGAUCUACAUCAACCAGCUGGAGGCCCUCUUGUUGCCUAUGAAGCCACUGAAGGCCACAGCCACUACGUCGCAGCCUGUCCUCACCCUCCAGCAGAUUGAGACCAUUUUCUACAAGAUCCAGGACAUCUACGAGAUCCACAAGGAGUUCUAUGACAGCCUGUGCCCGAAAGUGCAGCAGUGGGACAGCAAUGUCACCAUGGGCCACCUCUUCCAGAAGCUG